AUGAAGAUGUGGGCGAAGCAGCGUCUGCAGACAUUUGCAAUCACUGAAUGCUUUUUUAGCGCACGAGAAAGACGCGUCUUAUCGCAAUAUAAAAGGACAUCUGCUUUCUGUCAUGGAAAUUUGUGGGAUAAUAAUCGAGCGUCUUUAAAAGAAAUCUUUGAAUAUUUUUCUUUAAUCCGGUGGAAGCACCUCGAGCAAAGGAGCUUCUCAGCUGUACGAAGUUUGGAGAUCAAAAGAAAUUCAGAUAUUUAUGGGCACUUGAGUUGUGGAAGCGAAAAAUUGCGCCACUCUGGAAGAAAUUUCAGGCAUUCAAUGAAGUUCCUGCUCUUUGCAAUUCCAUUGGUCGAAGCUUUCAUAAAACCGAUAAGCAAUGAGCUAAUCUCCAAAAGCUCAAACCAAUCUCCUUGCUCCUGUCCUGCAUCUAACAAAGUUUAUCCUUGUGAAAGUGGAUGGACUUAUUUCGACGAGACGGAUGCAUGUUAUAGGAUUUUCUUCAAUGCUCCUUUUAACACUGCCGAGAGUGUAUGUCUUGCUUUUGGAGGGCACUUGACUUCAAUACAUAGCUAUAAAGAGAAUCAUUUUGUGACUGAAUUAGCAAAAAAGGGCGAAGAAAUCGAUGACUGUCGGCAGGGAAUUUGGAUAGGUUUGGUGCGAUCUAAUUUUUGGAUGAGCAAUAAGACGGAUAUGUGGGUGUGGACUGAUGGUACAGACAUUGAUUUUCAAGCAUGGGAACCGGCUCAACCAGUCAACGACGGACAUCUAGACUGUGUUUUAGCGUACCCUGAUCCCUUCAGGGACAACAGAUAUGCUCAGGCGUAUCAGAAAUGGGCUAACGACUUGUGCUCCCUUAAAGUACGAUCGUAUGUAUGUAAGAAGAUGGCUUUUCACUAGAAAAUAAAAGUGAAUUUUGUUGUUGUGAUUGAUA